CACGAUGCUUGGCGCGGUCAAAUGGCGGCGAUGUCUUCUUGUAGCUCUGGCUGCCGGGGCGAGUGUCUCCACGUUCCUUAUCGGCAGAUACGUAGCGGCCGACUGUCACGGAAGAACCAAGGCUCCCUCUUCACACGGGACAAAUUCUCCUCAACCGCCCGAUAAGGGUCCAGUCAAACUUGCUGUAAUAACUUGCGGUGACCGUCUCAACAUCACCCUGACUAACCUCAAGUCCGCCGUGGCCUUCUCCAGAGCUCGUCUGCAUCUGUAUUUAUACACGGAUGAUGCCAACUCUCGACUUAUUCAAGACGGGAUCUCGAAAUGGCCAACCAAGUACCUCGAGCGCAUCAGCUACGAUGUCCGACCGGUCAAGUUUCCGGACGAGGCCUCGGGCAAAUGGACCAAGACGUUCAUGCUGUGUUCCUCCCUGCGACUAUUCCUUCCCAGUAUGUUGCCGAAUGAGGAUGCCGUGCUGUACGUCGACUCGGACAUUGUGUUCCUUCGUCCCGUUGAAGAGCUCUGGAGCUACCUGGGAGCGAUGGACUCUCAACAGAUGGUGGCGAUGGCGCCCCAUGCGGAGGACGCAAACGUCAGCGCGUACACCAGAUACGCCAAGCAUCCCUUCGUUCUGCCGUACGGUGUUAACGCCGGACUGAUGCUGAUGAACCUGACUCGGAUGCGCAACUUCGGCUGGGAGUCGCGGCUGGAGCCCAUGUACGAGAAGUACAAUCGGCCCUUCGGAGACCAGGCCCUGGUGAACAUUGUGUUUCACUUCUUCCCGGAAAAGCUGAUGAUGCUGUCGUGCAAGUGGAACUUCCGGCGGCUCACCAGCUUCGUGGAGUCCACUUGCGGCGGGGACACACCCGCCUUGGUGCACGGAACCGGCCACAGCUUCACCUUGCCCCAAAAAAUGCCCGCCAUCAGAGCCGUCUUUCUGUCCAUGCUAAAGUACGAACUCGGUACCAGCCUGGAGCAGAACUUUGUCGAGCCUCUUGAGCGACGCCUGCUGAAGGUUCCAAGGACCGUGUGCAGGCAGCGAUUCCUGAGGCAGCUGAACGACUGGCGGCAACUGGCGAUUGAGACGGAUGACUACCAGGGAACAAGGCCAAUUACAGUCCCUGCUUAUAAGAACUUCAGCAGCGACAGCGGUCCAAAGGGAAACGUGCUUAGUCCAAGUGUUUAACCGCACAGCCCUUCGUUUGACCAAGUGUGCGCGUCCAUAUAGAGCGUGGAGGCACAGAUGUGGCACGCACGUUGUGCAUGCCCAGUGCGGCGACCCAAGCUUGUCAUUGACUGACUACGAGCUCCAGCCAUUGCUGAGGUAGUAUAUAUAUCUUAGUGAUGGGCCGAACUUUUGCCGAAUCAAAAAAUUCGGCGCCGAAUCUUGGGUUUCGGCAAAGCCGAACUUUUACAAAGGUUCGGCAAAAAUACAUUGUUUCCAGACUGAACGUUGAUAUUUAGUUUCUUUGGCGAACAAAGGUUUUAUGUGUUUUAUUUUCCUCUUAACUUAAAUACAAUAUGUAUUGCAUAUUGACGUAGUUAUGAAUAAAUAAGGUGA